GGGGUAGUCUCAAACGCAGGUAUCAGAUACCCAGGCACUCUCUGUUGAACAGAGCUCGGGUUUCGAUUGUCAGUUGGCGGCUUGUCAUUACGUCGUCAUAGACGAAAGUUUCGUCGGCGUCGUGUGGUGUUGUUUGAAGUGAAAACGGUGAACCUCUACUCAACGGCGAAGUUCUUGGUCCUGGUGAGAGCUGCGCGGUCUCAAUCUCGCGCGAAGUAUCCUUUCUGAUACAGAAGAGGCUGAAAAAAACGGAGCUAUCGCCGGUGAAUCAUCUGGUGGAGCAUCGCAGCAGCCGCAAGAACCCCUCACGUUCACGAAACUCCGACGGAGACGCUAGCGUGUUCCGGGCGUCGGUUCGCCGCGCACGGACACGUUGGCGCUCGUUUGGCGUCCUUUCGGUGACCGUCGCGAUCGCCGACCCGGCGUAACGCGUCUCAACGCGGCCCAACGCGCCUCGCGGCACGGCGGUGGCGUGGCUUGGGUUUGGCUGCUCCGACCGGAUUACCGCGGAUACACGAGGUUAUUUUCUGCUACGUACAUUCGCCGACCCGACCAAACGAGCGGUCGAAUUCGCACGAGGGAAAGAAGUAGGAGGACUCGCCGCGGCUCGACGAGUUCUCCUCCUAAGUUUCGCGGGCCGGAAGAGAAUGCGACGUUCCUCAGCGUGCCGUUGCUACCAUCAUUAUCGUCACCAUCAUCGCCGUAGUCCUCGUCGUAGUGCGAUCGUCGACUGCUCCACCGAGGCAAUUGAAGACUUUUGACACGAGUGCACCGAUCGUGCGAAUCAUCUUCGCCGUAAUCGUCGUCGUCGUCAUAGACGACGACACUAAAGACACAGUUGAACGAUCAAGUGGAGGACUGUUUCCAAACUACAGCUGGAAUGAACGGCUUCAGCACCGGCGAGGAGGACUCGCGGGGCGCGGCGGACCAGAUCUGCUGCCUCGUCGACGAGGGCGAGCGAUGCUCCCGCCCGGCCGGUAACGCGUCCUACAGCAAGCGUAUCCAGAAAACGGUCACGCAGCGACGAUUGAAGCUCAAUCUGGAUCACAUGGCACGGCAUAUAUACAUCUGCGAUUAUCACAAGCAAGUGAUCCAGUGUGCGAGAACGAAGCAGCAGCAGCAGCGGAGGCGCAAGGACUCCGAAGAAGACUCGGGCGAAACUGACAACGACAUCCCGGAGGUCGACCUCUUCCAACUGCAAGUCGGCACUCUAAGGAGAUACAAGAGGCAUUACAAGGUUUCCACUCGACCUGGUCUUAACAAGGCUCAGUUAGCGGACACCCUCAUGAAGCAUUUCAAGACCAUCCCCGUCGUGGAGAAGGAAGCUCUAAGUUUUUUCAUAUAUACAGUUAAGACAAAUGCGAAUAAGUUAGAUCAAAAGAAUGGUUUAAGCAGCAGUGACACGACGUAACGCUGUGUUGCAAAAAUUAUCAUGUUAUUGUAAUAUUUCAUCAUUAAUUAUGUGAUAAUUAAGUGAUUUAAUAUCAAUUUUACUUGUUAAUUAUCUAUUUUAUCUAUUUUAUAAGAAAUGUGCAUUAUAAAAAGUAUAUAUAUGACAAAAUAGAUGUGUAUAUAUAUAUAUAAUAUAUAAAUAUAUACAAAAUGCAUACAUGUAUAUAUGUUUUUUACACACAACAUAUACAUAUGUAUGUCAGUAUCAAACUCAUUCGUUGUUAUUUUAUUUUCUUUUUCAUUGCACUUCUCGCUUCAAUGUAGCUGGUGGCGCGAUGUAAAAAAUGUACAAAAUACAUGCUCACGAUUGCGUUUUAGAAAUUGUGGGCGAUAAUAUAUUUUGGAAAAAAACUGCCGGGAAAAAAUACAAGUGCGCAAUUAUAACGACAGAAAUAAACAACUUCUGAGAAA